AUGAUUCAAGUUCUUAUUCAACUUCAGCUCGUUGCAGCAAUCCCUCGUUUCACCACGAGCUCAGUGCCAUUCAUCAGUGGCGCAACAACAUCGGAGGGACGUGGAAGGGGUCACCGGGAGAAUCGCGCAUUUUCAGCUUCAAAAACGGCAGCCUUCGGCACCUCAACCGUAGUCAUUCAGUCCUCCAAGCCUCAGGAGGCGAGGCAUAGCAACAGCAACUCUGCAGAUCCACUUCCGAACUCUCACCCAAGACCACAUGUGCUCUUUCGUCGAGGCGGAAAAGAGUCAUUCGAAUCAGACACGACAAGCUUUCGUCUAUUAACCGUGUCUUCUGUCGAGACAGUUGCUGCCUUCUUCAACCACUUUAACCACUUUGUAGCUCUUUUGUUCGUCAUUACGCCCAUUUCUUCAACUCCAGACCGCUAG